AAGCGGGCGGCUAUUGGGCGGCAAGGCUCACGCUCAACUCCGCGAGACCUCGUCGUCCUCCUCACCCGCCUCACAGCGACCACCACCACCUCCGCCUACAUCACCAUGGCUGGCCACGGCUACACGAAACUCGACCCCGCCAUCGAGCGAUGGAACCAAAUGCGCGAGACUGUGUACCAGCGCUUCCGAUUCACACCACGCUCGACGAUGCAGGUUCUCGUAGGACUCGUGUUCUUCCCCGGGGCCAUCUACUGGCUGUCUACUAACCAGGACCAAAAAUGGAGCUGGUCGGGAAAGCUCAAGGACCAAUCGCUGGCUCGCGUAGCCCCUUCGACGGAGGCAGAGUGAACGAUGUACACGUCAUAGAGGUCCUAUUAUGCAUUAAACUACGCUAUCU